AAUUUGUCUAUGGAAAUACAGAACGGAAUCUUGUAAAAGAUUAGGCCAUUUCAUAAAACAAAUGUAUAGUAACUCGCAGAAAAUAUCUUCGGGACAGUUGUAUUUAUUUCAGCUUUGCAUUUUAUUUUAAAUUGAUUCGUGAACCGCAUUGUAGGUCCAUUGGAAAGGAUUCAUCGUCGACUCUAGCGGAAGGGUUAGCAGUCUCGGUUCUGCAAUAGAAAAGAUUUGCAUUGAGAGGAGACGUAAGGUUGCAGUAGAUAGUUUUCUAGUGUAAACUGAUAGAAGCUCGCCAUUUAGAGGAGGGUGCAGAACCAUUGGCUCUUGGGGCUAGGAUGUCAGUGCUGAACCAGAGUGGGGAAGAGCAGGUGGAAUGUCCCCUGUGUAUGGAACCCUUGGAGGUGGACGAUCUCCACUUCUACCCGUGCACAUGUGGAUACCAAAUAUGCCGGUUUUGCUGGAAUCGAAUUCGGGAAGGCGAGAACGGCCUAUGUCCGGCAUGUCGGAAGGCCUACCCCGAGAACCCAGCAGACUUCACCCCGCUCAGUCAAGAGCAGGUGGCAGCAAUAAAGACGGAGAAGAAGGCGCGCGAGCAGAAGAGGCGGAACAAGACGUUGGAGUCCCGGCGUGCGCUAGCCAACGUGCGCGUCGUGCAGAACAACCUCGUGUUCGUCGUAGGCCUGCCCGUGCGCCUCGCCGACCCCGAGAUCCUCAAACGGCAAGAGUACUUUGGCAAAUAUGGCAAAAUUCACAAAGUAGUUAUAAACCAGAGUACCACGUAUGCAGGGUCACAGGGUCCGUCUGCGUCGGCGUAUGUGACGUACGUGUCGUCGGCGGACGCUUUGCGCGCAAUCCAGGGCGUGAACAACGUGACGUUGGACGGGCGCGUACUGAAAGGCUCUCUCGGCACCACCAAGUACUGCGCAAACUUUAUGAAGAACCAACCCUGUCCCAAGCCAGAGUGCAUGUAUCUGCACGAGCUAGGUGAUCCGAAAGCGUCGUUCACGAAGGAGGAGAUGCACGCAGGCCUGCACCAGGUGUACGAGCGGAAGCUACACAACCAGCUGUUGCAGGCGCAGCGGGAUAAACCAGACGACAAACAAAACAAUAGUUCAGGUAAUUCUAGUACGAAUGCAGAAAAAAGCAGUUCAAAAGAUGGUAAUCAGUCGAACUUUAUACCAACUACAGUGGUCACUCCUUCUCAUAUAAACGUAGUCAAUUCUUCUAAAUCUAAUAAAAAAGAAUGUGUAAACGGCAACAGUGGUUCGAGCAGUGCGGGCAGCAGUAACGGGGUGGGCAGUAAUGGCAGUGGCAAGGAAGCCUGGCCGAGCCUCGGGUCCUCGCCGCCUUCAGAUAGUCCCGCCAGAAAACAGCCCAGUCCCAAGCCACAACACACUACGGUUAAGUCACAAGAAAACGGCACAUCAGAAUCUUCCAGUCCCACACAACAGGUACAACAACAGGCUCAAACAAAACAAAGUAAAGACACACACACAGAUAGUAAAACAAAUAGAAGCAAGGAAACUAACAGCACAAACGGCCAAAGUAGCAAGAAAAGUAAAACCGACAACAAAUCCAAACAAAAGUCUAGCAAUAGUAUUAAUAAUGACAAUAACGAUACCGAAACAUUAGAUACCAAACAAUAUAGUAGCACGCAGACGACGCACACGUCCGUGUUCGAUAGCGAGACGCAGAGCUUCCUCUCCAACGAGCUGGACGACCUGGACUCCGACCGACACUCUCUGCUCGACAAGCAUUCCCUGCUGGACGACGAGCGCGACCUGCGCCGCGACCUGCUGGAGCACGAGCUGCGCCACGACCUGCGCCACGACCUGCUGUCCGACACCGACCUGCGCCCCGACCUGCGCGCCGACCUCCGCACAGACCUCCGCACAGACCUGCGCCACGACCCCCUCGCCCAGCACAAGCCGCAGCUGCUCAACGGCUACGGCCUGCUGGACGCCUACCUCGCCAACGACAGACCCCUUAGUCAAAUUAACCAAGGCCUCAUGGACCAGAAGGAACUCCUGCUUCGGGAUCGCAGCCAGAGCGAGAUGCUCAUGAGACAGAACGAACUCUUAGCGAGGCAACACAUGGUCGAGCCUAAACACUAUAUGCAAUCUUCUAGUAUAGGACUCGACUCAGCUAGUGAAUUAUUAGGUGCUAAUUUUCAUCCAAAUCCCAAUAUGCUUCCACCGUUCGGUAUGCGCGUAGACAAUUCUAUGGGCGGUAGCUCGCUGUCGGCGAGCUCGCUAGGCGGCAACUCCAUGGGCUUCAUGAUGCACAAUCAACAGUUGCUGCAACAGAAUCAACAACAGAUGCAACAGACUGGCCUUGUUAAUGGAUUCGAUGCACCACAGUCGGCGAAUGAAGUGCGGUAUUUAGCAGAGAACAUGGACAAGUUCUUCACAGACUUCCACAAGGCACAACAGAUGCGGCUGCAGUUGCAGCGCGGCGCGGAGGAGCGGCGCUAUCUCGACCACGGCCACUACCCACACAAUAUGCUUAGCGCAGAGAGGCUCGAGAUGGAACACAAACAAAGAAUGAACAAUAUACGUGGUAACGAAGGUAACGGGGGUCGCGCGGCCGGCGACGGAGAUGAUGACCUAGAUUUCGACCCCUUCAAAGAAACACAGAAGGCGUUUGCAGAACUAAUGGAGACAGAAAUGAUGCAAAACACAGUUUCUAGUGGUGAUAAUAUGGACCGUGUACGUCGUUCCCGCCUCGCACCACCCGGUUUCAGUCAUAUGAACGCAUUCGGUUUAGGACAGCCUCGCCCACAACAGACACACCAUCAAAGUUAUAACUCAAAUAGCGCCAUGUUCUCAGACUGGACUCAAAUGGACCCCGCGAUAAUGUCGACAUCAGUGAACUCAGUGAACUUCGGCAAGAACGUAGGCGUCAGCAACGCCAACACAAGCUCGAGCUCCAGCGGCGCGGGCGCGAGCGCCGGGGCCUCCGCCCUCAGCCAGCAGCAGCAGGAGCUGUUCGCGCGCUUCAACCAGCUCGGCGUGCAGCCCAACGGUGUGAAGCUGCACGCCGCGCCCUCGCUGGCCAUGGCCGGCGCCGGGCCCAUGGGCGGCUCCAGCGGCGCGGGCUGGGGCCAGAAGCUGGGCUGGGGCGUGGGCUACACUGGCAUCCCGCUACCGCCCGGCUUCGCGCCCGCCAAGUCGGCGCAGCACCCUGCCGAGUGCAUCGACGCCAAGUAGACCCCCACACACGUGCAAUUCGACUGGUCCCGACGGCGGAUAUUAUAUUUUCUAUUCAGUAAUAUUAUUGUUUCUUUCCGUUGGUGAUGUGAUCGAAAAAUCUUUGUAUUAAGAAAGAGCAUAUUUUAACGAGAGAAAUAUGAUAACAAAGGAAUUUGUAAAAUAAAUUAA